GCGGAGCAGAGCGCAGCGUAAUUAGAUCUACCCACGGCACCAUGAGGCUCGACGCAACAGACCUGCGCUACAUCACGGAUGAGGAGUUCCGUGUCCUGCAAGCUGCGGAGAUGGGCUCGCGCAACCACGAGGUUGUCCCGACGCCGCUCCUUGCCGAGAUCUCGAAGCUGCGCGGCGGUAACGUUGCCAAGCUCUGUGGCCAGCUCGCCCGGCGCAAUCUCAUCGCACGCGUAGCCAACACACGCUACGACGGCUACCGCCUGACGUAUGGCGGACUGGACUACCUCGCGCUCAAGACGUUCCACAAGCGCAAGCCUCCCAGCGUUUCCGGAGUGGGCUCUAAGAUCGGCGUAGGCAAGGAGAGCGACAUCUACCUCGUGCAGGACGGCGAGGGGGAGAAGCGAGUGCUCAAGCUGCAUCGCCUGGGACGUAUCUCGUUCCGUGCGAUCAAGUCCAAGCGCGACUAUCUCGGCAAGCGCGCAUCCGCGUCGUGGAUGUACAUGUCGCGCCUGAGUGCGCAGAAGGAGUUUGCGUUCAUGAAGGUGCUGUACGACCACGGCUUCCCUGUCCCAACGCCCAUCGACCAGUCGCGCCAUUGCGUCGUCAUGUCUCUCGUGGACUCGCAGCCCCUGCGCGCUGUUAUGAGCGUGCCCGAUCCCGCUAAGCUGUAUGGAGAGCUCAUGGAGAUGAUUAUGCGGUUCGCGCGCGCCUCGCUCAUCCAUGGCGACUUCAACGAGUUCAACAUCCUCAUCAAGCGCAAGACGUACGAGGCGGUGGUGAUUGAUUUCCCGCAGAUGGUGUCGACACACCACGAGAAUGCGGAAUACUUCUUCAACCGUGACGUUAACUGCAUCCGGCGCUUCUUCCGCAAGCGCUUCCGCUUUGAGGGAACGACGUGGCCUGUAUGGGCCGAUGUUGUGGCAGAGUGGGAUGACCAUGAGAAGAGCUUGAAGGCAGCUGAUGCUGAGGGCGGGAGUACAGCUGAGACUGAAGAGAAAGAAGAGGAGAAGGAAGUAGGAACCGCUGCAAGUGAGGAAGGGGCGGGCGUGUCCAAGACCGAGCCUUCAGCAGCGCCUGCGGUCAAGUUCGAGACACCAGCGCUGGAUGUGGAGGAAAAGGACUCCGAGGCGGAUGACGCCGAUGAGCCUCAGUUCCUUCGCCUCGACCUUGCCGUCGAAGCCAGCGGCUUUGGACGUGACAUGCAGCGCCAGCUCGAGGACUACAUGAUUGAGGUGCAGGACAUCCCCAACGAGGAUUUGUCAGACGAGGAGGAGGAUGACGAUGACGAUGACAGCGAUGACGAUGAAGGCGAGGAGGGCAAGGCACCCGCAACAGAAGAGGCGCCGGAGGAGGCGGCGGCAAAGCUGGAGAAACUGCGCCUGCACCGUCUGCUCGGCAAUGACGGCGACCCGGACGAUGAGCCGCCGGCGCCUGUCUCACUGUACUCGGAAGAGGAGGAGGAAGAGAGCGACAGUGGGGAUUCGGACGACUCCGUGGGUCCCGCCCCAUCCGACUACACGCAGUACGUGCGUGCGCCGCGGGCACCCCGCCAGCGCGUCAAUGUCUCGAAGGUCUCAAAGCUUGGCAAGGUAGACGAGCUCCGCGAGACCGUCGCGGGAGAGAUGGCGCGCGCGGCGCGCUCCCAGGGCCCAAGGACCAAGGGCACGAGCAAGGUCGGCCGGGCCAAGGGACACAAGUGGAAGUCGAACGCGUCCUAUCAGAUCGGCAAGGAUACGGGGUGGUAGAGGCAUUGAUGUGCUUAGGCUAUGCUAGAUGCUUUCAAGUCGACUGCGCACGGCUGAAGGCGGCAGGCCGGACACCUCAUUGUUGAAACAAUUGACCAGCCAUCUUACCACGCGAAUUGCUUCACCUGACUCUCAGCAAUUAAGUCGAGACAGCGC